AGGAAAACAAGCUCAUCUAAUCUACUUGUCAACCAACCAUCCCAUAUUCCCACCUUAUCCAACUUCUCUCUUUUAUGCAUUCUCUCUCUUUUUCUCUCUCAUGUUUUCUGAAUUUCAACACUAUCAGAGGCACCCUUCAAACACAACAUCUCAUAUCAGCAGGUUGUGGGUUAGAUUACAAUGGCAACAGCAUCAGCUACCCUUUCUCCGGCAACAAUCACCGCCGCCGUGGGCCCAGCCCGUUCUUCGCAGGGUAGGAAAACAAAAACCAGAGUGAACUACAUUGGUGGGCUGAACUCUUUUGGUGGGCUCAAAGCUCACAACAAUGUGGCCUCAUUAGGCCUGCCUCUUUGCACUGAACAUUCCUUUGCAAAUAUUGUAAGCACUUUGAAAUUCUCAUCCCGAGGCAGCGGAGGAGGAGCCCUCUCCUCCACCUGCAAUGCCGCGGAGGAGAUUUUCAGGAUUGCAGCAAUCAUGAAUGGGCUUGUUCUUGUUGGAGUUGCUUUGGGCUUUGCUCUUCUUCGGAUUGAAGCAUCGGUUGAGGAAGCUGCUGAGUGAGGAUUUUAUUGGAAAACUUUUAGUUGGUUUGUGUUGUUUUGUUUGUCAUAUGAUUUGUAUCUUUGUUAAUUCUUCUUCAUUUUAAUUUUGAAAUAUGUUGUUUUGUCUAUUUUAUGUUCAAUUGCUAGCAAACUAUGGUACAGAGAGAUGCUAUAAUGAUAAAAUUUUCAAUUUGGGUUCUUUUAA